CAAAAGUGAAAAUAUUGAUCGGCUUCUUCGUCGGUCUUCGUUCUUCAUUCGGUGGGUCAGUUUCACAUUCGAUUGGUUCUGUUUUAACAUGGAAGGGAUGUCAUUUGUUGUCUGCAUCGCGCGCGGUUUAGUUUAAAGAGUGUAUAAACGACUGUUCGAUUAAAAUAAAUUGAUAACAUUAGUGAAAAUGAACGCCAAAUUGGCUGCCGGUAUAUCUCAUGACAGUUUAGCUGAAGAACUCUUAAAUCCUUUCGUACACCGGCUGGAAUUGGAUACGACAUACGAAAAAAUCAAAACCGCAGUUUUGACGGUAGUUUUGUUACCCAUUCGAGUUUCCAUUAUCUGCAUUUUCCUGAUCACGGGCUGGUUGCUGGCCUGUGUGGGCCUGUUUGGGCUGACAGAGGAGGAUCUAAGGGCCCAACCCUUAUCGGGAUGGAGAAGGAAGUUGACUUCCAUACUGUGCUUUUUGGGUCAGAGCGUGUACCGAAUCGGAGGGAUGAGUGUGGUUGUCAAAGGUAAACAAGCCAGCCGAAAUGAAGCACCCAUUUUAGUGAUUGCCCCACACUCUACAUUCUUGGACGGGGGGAUAAUCUACGCCAUUGGCUAUCCCUCUAUCAUUGUUAGGCGGGAGAGCGGUAUGAAUCCCUACAUUGGAAAGAUGAUCAACUUCACACAACCUGUGUACGUCUGGAGAGACGACCCAGACUCCCGUCAGAACACCAUAAAAGAGAUAAUCAGCAGAGCAACGUCGAGUUUAGACUGGCCACAAAUUCUCAUUUUUCCAGAAGGAACAUGUACGAACAGAUCAUGUUUGAUCACAUUCAAACCUGGGGCAUUCUAUCCCGGGGUUCCCAUCCAGCCUGUGUGUAUCAGGUAUCCAAAUAAACUGGACACGGUGACGUGGACGUGGGAAGGCCCGAGCGCGUUAAAACUUUUAUGGUUGACUUUAACACAACCCUACAGCUACUGCGAAAUCGAGUUUCUUCCAGUAUAUAACCCAAACGAGGAGGAAAAGAGGGAUCCAAAGCUGUUUGCUAAUAAUGUUAGGGCCGUUAUGGCAAAGGCUUUAGGAGUUCCGGUUUCGGAUUAUACGUACGGAGAUUGCAAAUUAAUGGCGAGGGCUAAAGAGAUGAAUUUGCCUAAUUCGACGUCACUGGUUGAAGUACAAAAAUUGAGGCAUAGGCUGAGCCUACACCAAGCCAACGUAGAAGAAAAUCUCCUUAAUUCCAACAUUCUUUGUGAAAACUGCACCAAAGUAACCUUCCCAGAAUUCUGUAAAUUAUUAAAUUUGUCACCAAGCGAUCAUGCUACACAACAUUUGUUCAGAUUAUAUGAUAAGAACUGUACUGGUGCUAUCGAUUUUAGAGACUACCUACUUGGAGUGUUAGCAUUGUCAAAUAGCAGAACAACCCUAGAUGCAGUAAAAUUAGCUUGUAAGAUAUAUGACACCAGUGGCUGUGGAAGGCUUUCACCUGAAGAUUUCAGCAAAGCCCUUUUCCAUACGUUAGCCUUCAGUAAAGACUACGCUUACGAAAUUUUCGGACAAGUAGACAGAAACAAACUCGGAUACAUUACUUUUGAUAACUUCCUGAGCUAUGCGGAAAAGAAAGCCGAAUUUGCCAACUUGUUUAGUUUAAGUCAUGAAGAAAAGUUCAUUCCAAGAAAUGGACAGAUUUGCCCCAACGACUACUCUCGGAAAAUCGAUUGAUCCUUACACAUCCUUCAUGUUUAAGCUCCUCAAUUCCCGAAACUUGAGUCAGUAUUAUGGUGAGAAAUCUGAACGUACUGCUUUACCGAAAACAUGACCUGAAGAAUAUUUUUAUGUACUAUUGUAGGAUUUCUAGCUUAAUGAUAUUUUCAGGCUAACCAAUAGUGUGAUAGAUAUUGUUUAGUAGAUACAUCAGCAAGUUGUAUUUAUUUAUUUAUUUAUUGUAUAUAUGAUGAUUAUAAGAUUAUACAUAUUUAAUAUAGUUUUGUAUAGACAAUACAAGUCAUUUCCGAUUUUCCAAUUUGAUAUUUUUAUUUUUCAGUCUAGGAAUAAGGAAACGAUUUUUAAGAACAUGUCAGUGAUAAGUUUAAAGAGAUCUUAUUGAAUAAGUAGCUGUUAUUAUAAUGUUUUUCAAUAAAUUUACAAAACAAA